GACACUUUUGACACUGCAUACAAAAAGGUUGGGGGUAAUCCAGUGAGAUCACAAUUUAUCUUCUUCGAUUAAUUUAAUUUAAUUUAAUUUAAUUUUAACAACAUCAACAAAAAAAAAAUCUCUAUAAAAUCAUCCUUCUGCCUUCUCACCCCCUUUUGACUGUUGUAUUCUCACCCUCUUUCUCUCUCUCUUAACCCACCAUUUCUCCUGAACUCUUUCUCUCUCCCUUUAUUUGCAGUUUGCAGUCAGUAAUUGGUUCAUCUGAUCAAACUACUCAGCAAUUUCCCAUCUUUUUCAUUCACCUGAAAUUAGUUGGAUCUUUAUGUACCUUUAGGUUUUGUGAUUUCGCAAACUUCAGGAUAGGGAAAAAACAGCAUGUGUUGGUUCUGCUCUUCCAUUGAUGUACACCGCUAUGUUAUCUCUUUGAACUUGUACUGUAAGGUUAUACUGUAAAGUGUCACCCUUUUUCCGUUAAUCUUCAAUUACUCAUUAACUGAAUUUUCCGUCAUUUACCAUGGGAUCUAACCACGUCGCCGUCGUUCCCUGGUUCUGGUACAUUAUUAUCUAGAUUUAAGAAUAGAUAUAGAGUUGUUCUAAUUUAGAACUUGUAGUAUUUUUGUGUCUUCCUUCCAUUGUCAGCGUUUAACUACCAUUCCACUAUAAUAUCCCUUUGGUGUCAUUCUCCUUCAGUAAUUCGGCCUCUUGUAUUUCCUUAGAAAUCAUCCUUCCUUGUUUGUAGCAGUGGCAGUAGUAUUUCGGCCUCUUUUAUUGCUCAUUUUGAGGGUAGUAUCUGAAAGGAUUUAGUAGUAGUUAUGGUGUGUCAAGGAGCAAGCCAGUCAAGAUUUCGGGCAUUGAAGCAUGAGAAUGGGAUCGCAGGAAAAGCAACCAUUAUAGUUAGAGUUAUAGCUUGUUUUCAACUUUUGCAGGAUUGCCAGGCUGAAUAUUUUCGUCAUUUGCUUAAACCUGUAACGUAGAUUGGAUUUGCACUAGCUGUUGUUUGUUUUCUGUUCAAUAUUUCGCAUUUUUUUCUUCUAUAUUAUAAUCUUGAGGGAGAGGCUGAAUAUAUCAUAUUGAAGCAUCUAUAAUAUUGGUGGGUUUUUUCAGUUUAAUGGUUGAGCUGAGUAGCUCUUGGCUUUGUCAGCAACAUUUUCCUUUGGAAUCAUCUGCUUUCAGAAACUGCAUGAUUGCACCUGUUGAGCACAGGCAACACGAGUUUUUGCCUGCUUCUAAAAACCCUUGCAGGGUUUCAGCAAACUUGGACUUGAAUGGAUUUGGGUAUUCUGGAUUUCCCGAAAGAGGCCUUACGAUUGAAGAUUAUGGCUCAAUACAAAAAUCGGUUCCCCAUUCUCAGACCCCACUUACUCAAAAUCAAUAUCACGGAGAACAGAAUCCUCUGUUUCCAGCUAAAGAUGGUGGUGGUGAGAAGCCAUCAACGUGUGAAUUACCUUCUGCUCAACAGAAGAAGUUUCUCAUUUUUGAUCGGUCAGGAAAUGAAACCAGACUUAUCUUUAGUUCUCUGUGUCCUCGGGUGGAGAAUCUUAAAACUCCACUAACUACUACUUGUCCUGCUUGGAAUCUGCCAGCUGAAGAGUCAUUUGGUGCAUGCCACCAAUAUCUUGCUGAAAAACAAGGAAGAAUCAUCGAACAAGCCUGGACUAAGACACCUGCUUUAUGUGAGGAGUCAGGUGAAAAUGAAAUUAUUGACGAAAUCAGUGAAAUGCGUGAAGACACAGAAGAAAUUAAUGCCUUGCUUUAUUCUGAGGAUGACAAUGAUGAUAAUGAUGAUGGCUUGGACGAUGAUGAUUGUGAUGGUGAGGAUGAUGAUGAAGUGAGCAGCGGUCACUCUCCAUUGGCCAAAGAGAUCAGAGAUUGUGAGAAGCAGGAGGACCAAGAGGGUGAAAAAUAUUUUUAUAAUCAAUUGGCUAGUUUAGAAAGAUCUUCAAAGCGACAGAAAGCCCUUCAUGGUGGGUUUAAUAGAAUGCGGCAUAGCCCUGCAUACGAGGAUGUCAAUGAUGGGGGUCUCAUCGAUGCUCUCAGUGAGAGAAUGUGUCCUACGAUUGGUACCAAGAGGCCUAGAAAAGAUAAAAUCCAUGAUACAUUGAGAGUUCUUGAAGGUAUAAUUCCUGGUUUGACGUGCAAGGAUCCAUUAGUGAUCCUAGACGAAGCCAUCAGCUAUUUAAAAGGUUUGAAGUACAAUGCUGAGACCAUGUCAUCAGGAGAUCCAGAUAGCUCCAGCUCCUACGAACCUCUAAAUUGAACGUCCUUAGUCAUAGUCCAAGUUAUCCGUAUAACGUACUACUCAAAGCCAGAGUGAGGAACUCCGCUUGUAAGUAGGUCCUUGUACGCUGUUAUUUUCUUCUACUGGGAUUGUACAUAAUUGCGUAAUAAACACAUAGCAAGAGGGUGCAAAGGUGAGCUCUACGGCCUCAGAUCAAAUCCGAUGGUGGUCAUAAUAGCACGAAAUGAGGCCUCGAUCAUUGUCGUUGUUGACAAGUAAUGAUAGUAAUACUUUUCGGGUGUCGAAAAAGUCUUGGAAUAGAACGCAUGGGGGAUGACUAGUGCUUGUUUGUGCUGGAAAAUGACCCAAGGCAGGGACCCUGAAAUUUGAAGGAAGAAAGACUAAUAUGGCUUCUUAGCAGCAUGCGCAUUAAGUUAAAAAAGGCCCCCACUUUUUUUUUUUUUUUUUUUUUACCUCUUAUUAUUCUUUCUUGAGCUUUCAUUUCUUUAAAGAGGGCCCCUUUUAUCUUUUCUUUGCUUUUCUUUCUUAGCCUGAAUUGAUUAGGCCCCAUGCUUUUCAUAAGCCCUUGUCUUAAAGUGUUCUCUUAGUGGUUUACUUGGUUACUGUCAUGAGUUUGUCUGUAAUAUAUAAUUAUGUAUGUUGCUUUUGUGAUUAGUAUAUUUUGAUCAUGUACCUUAUUUGCACUCGGCCGAACGGUUAAAAGACAAAAAAAAACCUCGGCUAAAAAUGAAUUUCGAGCGUUCCUGAGGGUUACGCUUUAAGGGGCAAAUUAGUAAUUUUACGUAAUCACGACGUAUUCAAGUAUUGUACUGUUGUAUUGUAGUGCAAUUUGUUUAGUGAGAAAUGAAAUGAAAUGUCAUGUUACAUCUUUUGUGCACC